UUUCCACGAGCGCCCGGGCCUCGCGUUGUCUCGCGCUCGUCACACAGACCUGCGCGAACGGCCACACGCUCGUCGGAGGCAGCCCUCACGCUCAGAGCUCAGAGGCUGCCGACUGCACGCUCCGCGGUGGAGUCAGAGGCAGCCCUCCCACACACCAGCUGCCCUCUCAGCCGCUGCUGGCACCGCGGCUGGCACGCACGCCCGUCGCUGCGUAGCCGCUCGCACGUCAGCCCUCAGCCGCAACCAUGGGCAAGGGCGGCAUGCUCAGCGCCCAGAAAAAGCUCCUCGAGGCGACGGUCGCCGAGACCGGCGCCCAAUUACAACAACAAGAACUGACGUACUACACAGCCAACUUCGGCAACAUGAUGACGAUGGCGUCCGUGAUUGGUGGGUUCGCCUUCUCGGGCAUCCUGAUCUCGACGACGUACACGGGCGCCGGCGACGACGACGCGGGCUCCGGUUAUAUUGACGGUUCCGACCUGUGGAUCUCGUGCACUUUUUAUGGGCUGGCAUCCGUGUCUGUGGGCGCCUGCAUGAGCUGCGCUUUGAUCUGCCUCGCGGUCAAUGUAAGGGGGCCCGGCCUGGCGUUGCGGGGGAAGGAUGGCUCUCUAAAAAAAUCGGUGGAUAGCAUGCGGCGGUGGCAGAAGAUUGCGUUCUACUUCUUGGGUGCUGGGGUCAUUAGUUUCCAUUUGGAAGGGCUGGCCUACGCGUGGCUCAUGCUGCACCAGGACGGGGCGCAGCUCACAGUUACCAUAGCGCUCGGAGCCUUCCUCGUCUCGAUGAUCACGGUGCUGGUGGUCAUUUGGCGGGCCUUGAGGAUAGAGGGCGCCAUGGUGCAGGGCAUGCUUUCCGAGAACCAGUUCUCCGAGGCCUAUCGACGGCUCGCCGGUCAACAGGACUACGGCGCGACCGAGGCGGCCGAGGAGAAGGAGGAGCCGUCGAUGACGGACUCGCUGCUCGCGAGCGUCGGCCUCGCUGGGGCUGUGUAAUUUUUUGUGUUACU